GCGUCUCUAGUGCAGCCGCAACAACUGCGGUGGCUACAGUAUCCCGAGGCAUCGAGGUCUGGUUGUCUGUCGCGUUGUUCGUGCGAAGCUUCAAACCUGUUUGAAGUUCAUGUGGGGUUCGGGGUUUGUUCGUGUGGGGGCUCGGUUGUCGGUUAAAGGUUGCGUAGUUACAUUCAGGUUUCUGCUUCGUACCCUUUCGGGUUCCUCACGAAUCAAGAAUAUCUCACCAAACAUGUCGUCGAACAACUACAGAGAGCGCAGACAUCGCGCUCGUAUGGUGUGCACCAAUUGCCAUGGACGGAAGAUUCGAUGCGACCUUCAGGAUUGCCACCCGAACAAGACUUGCGGGAACUGCGGCAGGGCAGGAUUGCGCUGCCGUCCACAUAUUGGCGUGCGCCGUAGACGAGCCGGCACUGGAAUGGAGGGACAGGACCGAGCUGAAGCUGAUAUCAUUGCGACUGCCACCAGUACCAGUCGGGAUACCGAAGACCUUCGUGGCAAUAAUCUCGGCUUAGUCCGUUCGCAACAGGAGGGUUCAGCCGAAGUGAGCGCCGACCAAGGACGUUGCGGCUAUAUCGGCGGUGGAUCGGUCAUGGCUGAUGCUUCUUCCAGCGAGCUCAUAUCGUGUCCGCCCAUGGGCAAUUUGCGGCCCAGGGAAACGGAUCUCAUUUUCCGCUCGACCAAGGCACUCGAAACACCGCCGCCCACACUGGCAAACGCAUUGACAGACAGCUUCUUUGACGAGCUGUUCCCUAUUGCGCCCCUUGUAGAUCGCCAUGAGCUUACAGUGGAUGGCGCAUCGCAUUUGCUUCGGCAAUCAGUUUACUUUGCUGGUAGUCUGGUGCGUCGAUCUUGGAUUCAUGCCCCGGCCUUCUCCCCACGCGAGUUUUAUGUCAAGAUCAAAACGCUACUUUUCCUAGAGAUAGAACAGGAUCCAAUGGUCGUCCUCCGCGCGUUGGCUCUAGUUGGGCUUUGGAGUUCAGGCUCACCAAAGGUAAUCACUCUGAAUUGCCCCUGGCAAUGGACAGGAGAGGCUCUGCGACUUGCUUCACAGCUCGGCCUUCACAAAGAAUCGAGUUACGAACGUCUUGGUUCUAGCAAAGGUUUAGGCCGCAGAGUGUUCUGGGGUCUCUUUGUAUGAUCUGAGCUCUGCGCAUAUUCAAGUUCGCCACUAAUUUGGAUAGAUCAAUGAUACAUUGCAGUCGGCUUGCUAUGGGCGACCCCCGAUGUUU